GCGGUGCUGCCGGCGGGCGGGAGCGGGGAGCGCCUGGGUGGCGCCACCCCCAAGCAGUUCUGCGCCGUGCAAGGGAGGCCGCUCGUCAGCUACACGGUGCGGGCGAUGGAGAGGAUAAGUUGGAUAGCCGACAUUAUUGUGGUGGUCUCUCCUGAAAAUAUUGAAAUAAUGAAGUCUAUCAUUGAAAGAUAUGGCCACAAAAGAGUUACGAUAGUAAAAGGUGGAAUAACUCGUCAUCGGUCAAUUUUCAAUGGACUGAAAGUAUUUGCAGAGAAUGAAUUUUCCAACCAUCUGCUCCAGAAACCAGAAGUAGUGAUUAUCCAUGAUGCUGUGAGGCCAUUUGUUGAAGAAGAUAUUCUUUCAAAAGUGGUUAUGGCUGCUAAAGAACAUGGGGCAGCAGGAGCAAUUCGUCCUCUAGUUUCUACUGUUAUUGCCUCUGCUGCAGAUGGCUGUUUAGACCACUCAUUGGAACGUGCUAGGUACAGAGCAAGUGAAAUGCCUCAGGCUUUCUUGUUUGAUAUAAUCUAUGAAGCAUACCGACAGUGUACAGACUAUGACCUGGAUUAUGGAACUGAAUGUUUACAUCUGGCUCUGAAAUACUGUAAAACAAAUGCCAAACUUGUUGAAGGAACAGCUGACCUCUGGAAGGUGACCUACAAGCGGGAUCUAUAUGCAGCUGAAUCGAUUAUUAAGGACAACCUAUCACAACAAGUUUGUGUUAUUACUGAUGUGAAGGAAGCUGUUGCACAAGUAGGUUUUCUCCUUCAUGAAUGUCUGAAAAGCCAAAUAAAAGUUGAAGCUAUAUCAAUAUCUCUAAGCAAAAAUGAUAGCCAUCUACAAAACAUCUUUUCAGGACAGUGCUACAAUUUUGUUUGCGUAAAAGGUAAAAAGUAUGCCAUUCAAGAAACCCAGCAACUAGUAGAUAUGUUGGAAAAAUCAAAUAUUCCUCUGUUAUAUCCAGUUCUCCUUAUUUUGGUGCACUUGGAUAUUUCAGAAAAUAUUUCUUUCAGCAUUGAGAUGGAAGAACUAACUAGGAUCAAGAAAUUUGCAAGGGAAGUGAAAAAAAAAAAUAUUUUGGUUUAUGGUCUCCUUAUCCAAUAUAAGGACCAUUUGCUGCUUCAGGAGACAGUAAAUUCUGCUGCUGCUCUUAUCAUGGCAUUAAUAAAGGACAGAAACCCGGAGCUGAUUGGCCAGCUGUUGGUAGCAUGA